AUGUUAGAAUUAUUGAAUUUUUAUAGUUUCGUUCUAUUACCGUUAAUACUUUUGAUACUGUCUUUGGUGUACUCGCAUUACCAGAAACCGCUGGAAUACCGACAAAUUUCAUCACACGUACCGUCCGUCACGAAAUCCUUUUGGAGUGAAUUGCUAUUUUCGUGGAAACUAGGAAGUAAACACCCUAAAGGUACUGUCUGUGUUAACAAAUUAUGAAAUGCACUAUAAAAAAUGAAUUUAAAAAAAAAAAAAAAAAUGAUGUAGUUGAAUAACAUCUAGAAAGCAAAUAACAUUUAACCUCGACUUUCAUUUUUCAAAUAAUUAACGACCCCCAUAUUUUGUUACAAAGUUAGUUUGAUUACCGAUGAUAUUUAAUAUUUUGGUCCUUGGAACAUAAUAUAUUGUAUUAUGUGGUUCUGUAUUAUAUGCAUAGUAUAAAAUAGCCGGUUAUUCUAUAUUGGAGCGCUUCUUAAGCGUAGGGUCGUAAUUUCCUAAUUUUGAAUGUUAUGCCAAAAAAUUACGUUAAUAUAAUAUUUUCGUUUUGGACUACAUCAUACAGGUAUACUAUAACUAAAUACUUUAUAUUACAUAACUAUUGUGUUCCUACAUAAUUAGCACGUCAAAAUUGCAAAACAGAAAUAUGUUCCGAUUAAUUAGUUCUCGGAUAAAAAUGAAUACGUUUACCAAUUUUUUUUUUCUUCAUUGUGUUUAGAUAUAUUACCAUAUCAUAUAGGAUUAAUAAAACAUUAUGGUCCUGUUUUUCAUUUUAAUCUAGUCGGACAAUCGUAUGUUGUACUCAAUGAUCCGGAUGAUUUAAAAGUAAGUACCGUAUUUAAAUUAUAUUGUAUUUUAUUUUUUAACGUCUGGCGAACACAAAGACAAUAACUGUUAUUAUACGCAUCCGGCAAAUACCAUAAUAUGAAUGAGUAAUUAUUAAAAGUAUUAUAUUAUAUGUAGUUAUAGAAGAAGAAAAUUUGUCUAAUGAGGUUCCUUUUAGUUUUAUAUUUAGACCGAUUUGGUAGUUUACCUAUAAAAUAUAAACAAAAUCGGUUAGAGAUGUUUUAUACAGAGUGAUUUUUUAACAUGAUGUAAAUUUUCAAGGAUUUUAUGUUAAUUUGUUUUCUAUUUUCUUUUUUUCAUUCCAUUAUCAUUAUUGUUAUUUUAGAUUCAGAGUAUGUAAUAAAUGCGUAACUUUAUAUCACUUUAAAUCACUCUGGAAUAAGUGAUUUUUUAACACGAGAAAUUAGGUGUCAAUUAUUAUUAUUUAUUAUUAUUUUAUUUUAUUUUUUUCCCCCUUUUACUUAAACAAAAAAAAAACAAAUGCUUUUUGGAUGUACCUAGAGACCCAAGUCAUCGCUCUCUCGGACUAUUUUGAACGCAAAAUACCCCUCGAUGUGUUGUGCAAACUUUUAUACCAGAAAUCUUGCUCCGAUACAUCAAAUGUAGGUUAUUUUCCGAAAGGAAAUUUAUCUAAUUUAUGUACAUAGUACUUUAGGGAGAUCUUUUUUUGAUUUUUCAAGUGACUUUUAUAAUCACAGAUAUAAUCGAUAAAGACGCUAUUUUAUUGUAUUAUAUUUAUUAUAAUGUAUAGGUUCAAGAUGACAAAGUCGGCGGAAGAUGUUCACUCGAGCAUUCCAUUUUAAAACGUUAAACAUGUACAAUUCAUCGAUAAACAAACAUUCGUGAUUAUUGGCGAAAAAACUGUUGGAAAUGUCAUCGAAAAAUACGAAAAUCGUUAUCGAGGAUUACGUGAAGUUAUGUUUUCUGGACAUAAUAAGUGAUGAUUGAAUUUUGAUUUUGUUGGAUGAAGCCGUGAAUAAGCAGGGACGUACCAAAAUUGUUUUCAUUGAGGAAGGGAGGAGGGUGGUCAAAGUUUGGCCAACUUUAAACAUUGAUCCGGGACAACUUGUUUUCGUUAUCUCUUCGAAGCUUUUUCAUCAUUAUAUAAAUAAGUAAUACCAAACACAAUUUAUGAUACUCAUUAUAAAAAAAACACCCAUUACCAUUAAUUAUGAAAAUGUGCAAACAAAAAAUAAAUAAUAAAAUAUUUAACUAAACAUAAUUUAAUAUAUUAAUAAAAAAUGACCUUAGGGCCUAGGGCCUGAAGUAAUAAAUUAUUAAUAUCUUUUAUUUUUAAUUUGCACGUGUAAAAUAUAAUACACAAUACUUAUUUUUAAAAUAAACACAGCAAAAUGGUUUUAUAGUUCAUGUUCAUAAAAGUAAAUAACAAAUACCAAGUAAAAAUGUACCUAUGUAAUAAUUGUUUUAAUAAAUUAUUGAUCAUUACUCAUUAUUUAUAAGUGAUCAUUUAUUAUCAAUAUUCUUUGUGUUCUUAGAGUAAAUCAUUUAUUAGUCAUUUUGUCUAAAGAAAUGAUGUUCACCAAAUCUUUUUCAGUAGAUAGCAAUUUCAAAUUGUGUAAUCUGGAGUCUUCUAUUGGGUAGUUCUUGACUAAUUUCAAUUCGUUAAAUGAUUUUCAUUACUAACAAUAGUUAUAUGUGCCGUAAAUUGUAACCGCACGUGUACAUAUACCGUAAACAUUUACAAUUUCCUUAUAUCUAACCAACAAUGUGUAAAUAAUAGUGGUAGCCACUUAUCUGUAGGGAAUACUUCCAAAAACAGAUUAAUUGCUAAAGAAGAACUCAAAAUUCAAGAUGAUCAUAUGCCGUUCGUUAUUUACAGUAGUUAUAGUUAUUAUUUAUUAAUUAUUAUAUAGUUCGUUAUUUAUAGUACCUAGGUACUAACAUUAUAAUUUUAAUCUCCGUUAUUCCUGUACUAUUCUUAAGAUAUAAUUAUAUCAUUAUUGCCACACUGAUAAAAACUUAUUUCAAACACAAUAAUGUACAGUUAAUCAGAUUUUUAUAAAUAAUCUGUUGAAAAAUUGAAUAAAUAAAUUAUUGGGGGAGAGGAUGUAUUAUGAUUACUCUUUAUACAAACCUAAUGCAUAUUGUUUACCUACCAAUUAAUAUUGAAUAUAAGAAUCCAAAAUAUGCAGUUAUAUGAUUUCAUAAAUUUAAAAACAUAUUAUGAAUUUCAUCGUACUUUUUUGUUUUUAAGAAACCUUUAUGGGUACUAAUUGAAAGCUCAACAAGGUGAAUCAGUUGAAUAUGUCCGUUCUAUUAAAGAGUAAAUUAUAGAAAAACUUUAGUUCUAUAUUAUUCCUCGUAUAGCGUUUAGAACAGAUGUUACUAUUUAUUGAAUUUGGACGUAAUUUAACAAUUAUUUCAUAGCAUGUAUGAUCCGAGAUUAAACACUAAAACAAUUUAAAAUGCAGAUUUCGUCGAUUUUAAAACAAAACAAAGUACCUAUACAUAUUUCGUAAUUUCCUAAUAUUUGUACACAUAUCUAACGUGUUUUCAAAAUAACAAUGAAACACUUUUCUUUCAUUUUACCUAUACAGAGUGUCAUACAAUAUUAUCCGUCAAAUAAUAGCUCUAUCGAUUUUUUUUUUUAAAUCGGGUUUUAUGAGAGGGGUGCCCAUAGGUAGAGAAAAGUAAAAUGUUUAUUUUGAUCCUUUAAAUUUUAAGGAUUUUUUUUUUAUUUCUUCACUUCUUAAAAUUUUCAAACUAUAUUGUUUUAAAAAUCUGAAUAUAUCAUACAUUAAUAUUCGAUUAAUGAUUUCUUAGUUUAGUGGCUUUAAUAUAAAGAAAUUAGACGUGAAAAAAAUUAUUUUGUGUAGAAAAACACGUUACGCGAUAAGGAAUAACAGAUCAGUGCGUUCAUUUCUUAUCUUCUAUUGAAUAUCAAUUGUUUUCGUAUCCAUACAUUUUAUUUUUUUAAACAUUAAAGCCACUAUAAUUAAGAAACUAUUAAUAGAAUAAGAAUGUGCAAUGUGAUGAGAAUGAUACAUUCAAAUUUUUAGAAAAAUAUCUUUUAUAAAUUGGCUAUUUUGAAUAUUUUAACGCGAUAAAAUAAAAUGUUAUUUUUUUUCAGUGAUUAAGGGAUGAAAAUAAAAAUUGUAUUUUUCUAUAUAUAUAUAUAUAUAUAUAUAUGUAUACAUAUGUCCCCAUUCACAAAACCCGAUUGAAAAAAAAAUGAAUAUUGAGAAAAUUAUUAGCCGACCGAUAACAUUGUAGAACACUCUAUAUAUGUUUUAUUCUAAAUUAUUAUUACGUUUUUUCGGUCAACGCGGAAUGCCAUGUAUUUAAAAUAUUUCAUACCAUUGGCUUCAUUUCGGAAGUUUGUAGAGCAAAUUGUGUAUAACAGACACAAUACGGUCGAAUAUUCUUUAUUUUCACGGAAAGUUCGAAUAAUUACAUAGAGAAUUAUAGUACGCCCCUCUAGUGUUUGAUCUAGUGAUUAUCAAGGUUCUGACUAUAAGUUGUUAGUCCUAAGUCUGAAUUAAGUGGGAAAAAAAAUUGUAUUCAUUGUAAUUUGUAUUCAUGUCGGCACUUACGUAGGUAUGCAUGGGUGAUUUUUACCUGUUAGAUCUCGCGUAGAAAAUUACAUUCGCCCGUUAAAACACUCCCCUGCAAAUAAUGAUACUAUGGUAAUAACGUGCUCCAAAUGCUCCAAAUAAAAACGGUCGUAUCGACUAUUUUGCGAAAAUCGAAACGUUAGCGAAGAAAGAAGAUUUUGAAAUUAGUAUGCAACUAAUUAAUAGAUUAGAAACGACUAUUAAACUGAAAUUUUGUAAAAUUUAAUUAUAUAUGUAUGAUACUAUUAUAUAUGCACACGUCCAGUGAAUCCUAUUACCAAUCGGUAAUUAAUAUAUGUAUCAGAAUAACAAAUUAUACAGUUUUUUUUUUCAGUUAUAAUUAAAAUCGCAAUGUGUGUACCAAUUGUCCCUGUUGUAUACAUUUAUAUUUUAAGAUAAGAUAAGAAAAAGUUUUCGAAAUGUCGAUUAUUUACCGGUCUGGAUAAGUUACGGAGACACAAUCUAGUGCUUUAAAGUAUAAAUUUUGUUUUUUUUCUAAGGUUAUAAUUAGGUAUGCAUAUUAUAGGCAGUAAAAAAAAUCAUUAAAUGUCAACUCUGCAGUAGAUGAUUAUAGGAACGAAACUUGGUCAGUUUAAUUUUUCGAGUACACCACCUAUAAUAUAUUGAUUGUUUAUUGGACCAUUUUUAUAAUUAAUUAAUCUUAUAAAAAACCAAUUACUAUCUACCACAGAUUAUAAACAUAAUUUAUUACAUAAGUAAUAAGUACCUAAAAACAAACAGGCAAACACAUCCACACCAUAUGUCCUAAAAACGUAAAGUCAUAAAUAAAAAGACGUUCUGGGAUAAUGGGGACAGGUGCAGCCACUGUUUUAGGUAAUUUAAUAUGUAUCUGUUAGCAACGAUUAACCAUUGCUAACAAAAAAACGAUUCUAAGCAGAGUCCAAUUGAUAGUGAUGCUUUGUGCUUAGUCAAUAAUAUAUAAAUAUACCACAUUACAGUAAAAUAAUUAAGUAAGCUCUAUAAAUUUUCUUUAAUAAUUUUGUUUAAUGUUGCACCGGUUUCCCUAAGUUUUUCCCAAUUUUUCACAUUAACUGAGAAAACUUCGGAGAAAAUAAAGAAACAGCCUCUUUAAAGUACCCUCCAGUGAAAUUUCCUGUAGGAAAAUUGCUAUAAUUAAAAGUUGGAGUAAAAUUACUGACAGAAAAGUUGUCCACAGAAGAAAAAAAAAUAAACAUCUUUGUAAAACAAUACGCUUCUUCGCUCCACUAAGAAUCUAAAAGUACAACAAUAACAGUAUAUAAAGGUAUUUUCAUUUUAAAUUGAUUAUUAUAGACAUAAUAUUAUUACGUUUAAGUUUAUUUUCAGUCGUUUUCAAAUAAAAAUUAUAAUACUGUCAUAAAGAUUUUAAUAGAAUAUCCAUUGAACAAUAAAAUCAUAAUUUGUUCAACAAUAAAAUUAAUGAAAAUAAUUUGUCUAUGAUCAUUAUUGUGUUGUUGUUUUAUACAUUGACAUUCAAAUUUACAAAAAAAAAAAAAACCAUAAAAUAGUUUUAGAUUCAUAGUUAUUUUACAUACUCUUAAAUAAUCAUAUAGUCCUGUAACUAAAUAUGUAUAACCACAUUUUAUUAUAACCAUUGUCACAUUAUAGACAUGGCAAGACUUACAUUUAAAAAUAGAUAUAGAGCGUACAGACAUCACAGGAGUUUCUUUUUUGGGGGGUUUGAUUUGUAUAAAUUUACGCAUUUAUUACAUAUUCAGAUUAUAAAAUAUCAAUAAUGAUAAUGGAGUGAAAAAAAAAAGUAGAAAUCAAGUUAACAUAUAAUCCUUGAAAAUUUACAUCAUGUUAAAAAAUCACUCUUUAUAAUAUAUCUCUAACGGAUCGUGUUCAUAUUGUAUAGGUAAACCGUCAAAUCGGUCAAUAGAUAACUAAAACGAAUUCUAAUAGAUAAAUUUUCAUCUUUUAUAACUAUGUAUACUAUAAAUACAAUAAUAUACUUGUAAUUAUUAAUUUAUACGUACAUUUUUUGGUUGAGUAUAAUAACAGUUAUUAGCCUUGUGCUUUCAGAAGUUAUAAAAAUAAAUACGAUAUAAUUGUAUACAGUACUUACUUUCAAAUCAUCUGGAUCGUUGAGUAUACCGUACGAUCAUCCGACUAGACUAAAAUAAAAAACAGGACCAUACUCUUUUAUUAACUCUGUAGUAUAUGGUAAUAUAUAUCUAAUUUCAAUAAUAAAAUGAAAAAUUGGUAAACUUAUUUAUUUCUUGUAACAGAACUUCCAAAGUUUCUAAAAAUUUUGAUGGCACGUACUUAUAGAAACUGAGUAAACCUAUCUUAUUGAAUUUGUUCCUUAAAUUUGAAACAUUUUUAAUAUUAAUAUUAUCGGUUUUUUAUUGAUAGUACUAUACAGAAAUAUAUACAUAAACGAUAUGCGUAACAUAAUAAUAUUAAUGUGUUAUAUUUUUCAAUUUUUAGACAUUAUAUACGCAGUUAACAACAUUUGAAACGUACAGAAAAUAUAAAUGUAUACUCAAUAAUAUAUAUUUUUUUAUUAUUUACUGUUGCGAGCGUAUUUUCAGACUUAAGUUCAGGUAUAUUUAUGACCAAAGUCGAAAAUAUUAUACUUAGUAGUUUGUAUAUAAGUAUAAUUAAUUGUUAAAAAUAUUUCAAACACUUUUAAUUAAAUUUACAAUUCAAUCUGACGUGAAGGUCCUUGCAGAUUAUAGUGGUGAGACUCGACUGAAAAGAUGUUUUUGGCAGCCGAUAUACAUACCUUGGAUCAGUGGCGUAUCCAGAGGGGUUUGGGGGAUUGUAACCACUCCAAAAUAUUUUCGAAAUAAAAAACAAAAUACUAAAAGUUUGAAAAAAGAAAAAGUGUUAUUACACUUAACAGUUUACACAAAUAAUACAAAUUAAUAAUACACAAAUUCGGUCCAGUGUAAUGUGUAUAUUAUAAUAAUAAGUAAGCUCAAUGGUUAUCGGUUAUCGCUUUCGGUUAUCCAAAAAGACAAAGUAUUUUGUAAUUGUCAAUAGAAGAAGUAUAUCCACAGACUAAUUAUUGUAAACUAAAAAAUCUAUUUGUUACUCGUUGGGUCGAUCGCCAUGAUGCAGUUAUAUUAUUUAAAAAACUUCAAACAGCCAUUUUACAUGCACUAGAUGAAAUUACACUUUUACACUCAGAUUCUGACACUUCUAGUUCUACAAGUCAUCUUCUUAUUGCGAUAAAAUAGUUACAAUUUCAAACAGCUUUAUUUAGCUUUAUUUUUAGUUAAAAUACUUUCAUUAAGUUUUCUACUUAGCCGAUAUCUUCAAACAGUAAAUCUUAAUUUAAAAACUGCGAUAUAGGCUGCUAAUGUUCAAAUUAAUAUUCAAGAUAUUAGAGAAAAUUGUGGUGUAGAGUUUCAACAAUUAUUUUUAUCCGUAAUAAACUGUAUGUGAACAAUUUGAUAUUACUAUUAGUUUACCACUCCAAUCUAAAUCCGAUGAUCCAGAAUUUUUUUUUAAGUAUUCAUACCUUUUAUAAAUAUUUGUUUAAACCAAUUGAACAAAAUAUUUUUAGCACACAAUAAUUUGAAUAAUUUUGAUUAUAUUUUUCUUAAGAUAGAAAUGAAAAUAUCUGAAGAUAUUAAAGGUAAAUUCAAACAAUUAGUAGAAACAUAUCAAGAUAUAAUUGAUGAAUGUAACGAUUCAAAUUUAAAUGAUAAUAUACUGAACGGAGAAUUAGAUUUGUGGUACACUUAACAUUCAAAUUUAAAAUCUUCCGAACUCAAGAACAAAAAUACUAAUGAAGUAAACUUCCAAACUAGCUCAGAUGUUUAUCCAGUAAUAUCUAAACUUCUUCGAAUAUUUAUAACACUUCCAGUGUCAACGGGAGAACGAUCGUUUUCAACUCGUUUGAAAACAUUUGAGAAAUUCUCCGGGACAAAUAAGUUUAAAAGGUUUAGCCUAACUAAAAAAAUUCAUCGUGAUAUCAUCAUGGAUAUUAAUGAUAUUAUAGAUCAGUGAUCUCAAAUUCAAAUUAUCUACGGGCCAUAUAUUUUUUUAAAAAAAGUUCGUGGGCCAAGUUUUAAGUUUCCUCUUUUUUACUUAUACAUUAAAAACUGAAGACAAAUUGAAGGCAAAGAUACAUAUAAAAUCCAUUUAUUUGAAUUCUAAAUGACUUAAUAUAUUAUGAAAUUAUUUUUCUUAUAAUUACUAUUACCAAAAUUAUUUAUAAAAAUAUAAACAAAAUAGUUGUUUAUUUCACUUAUUACUACAAAAUUAUCACUGAAAAAAUAUAAUGAAUAUUAACUUACAAAAAAAUUAGAAUUAAAAUUUAAAAAUAACUUGGUUAUUUGUUUAUUUUUAUUUUUGAGCUGCACUUGAAACUUGACAUCUUUUGUUGUCUAUGUUUGCACAAGAAUUUCUUGAUGCUAAAUGUAAAAAAGUUUUAAUUUAACAUUUGAAAUUUGGUUGCGACUUUUCGAUUUGUUUAAUUUCAUGAGAGAAAAUAAUUGUUCAUAUAUAUAAGAGCUACCGAACAAGGCUAAAAUGUUAGAAAAGUGAUUCUUUAGUUUUAGAUAACUGUUUCCAAGAUAUUUAUAUUAUAAGAUAUUUUAUAAAUCAACAGCAAUAGAAAAAUUUAAAAAUCGUUUUCAUGCAAUUGUUUAAAAUUGUUAGCUAUUUCUUCAAUUCUCUGAGCAAUAGUAUUUCCACUUAAACACUUAUAUACAUAAAUGCUUGUUUCUUUUCAGGGCAUACUACUUUCAUUACAUUAAAUAUACAAUCUUUAAUAAAUUCACCGUCAGAAAAAGGUUUUAACGUACAUUUCCUAAUAUAACGUAACUACAUUUAACCGAAUCAAUAUUUUCUCUUAUUAAAUUAUCAAAUAAUUUUGUUUGAUGCGAGAGAGUUUUUUUUAGUUCUUUAAAUUUUUCUUCGUGUAAGUUUCCUACAAAUUCAUCUUAAUUCUUACCAUGGUUUGUGUCAUAAUGUCUUUUAAUGUUGUACUCCUGAUGACAGAUACAGUUUGUUUAAAGAUCAAACAUAUUGGAAGAGAAUUAGAAUUAGUAAAAAAGUAUGCAUAGCCCCAUUUUUCUUGAAAAGCCCGUCUUUAUUAGUAAAUUUUACGUUUCAUCGGUAACCUACAUCGGCACCUACACCGAAAUACAAAUGAUAUUUAUCUUAAUAGAUUAGAUUUAAUGCAUUUCAAAUGCUUUAUCGAGAACAAUGGGAUUUCUGAACGAUUAAUAUAAAAAUAAAAUAUUAUGAAUGUCAGAUAAUAUUCUGUAAUCUAUGUCUUUAUGACGCGUGAAAAAAAAAAUAAUAACAUUUUUACAAUUUUUUCGUAUAUUUUUGUUUAAAUGUAUUUUUAUGCGGGCCACGUGGAAAGGGUACACGGGCCAUAUGUUUGAGACUACUAUUAUAGAUGAACUUGCUAAAACAUCAAAACGAAAAAUAAAUAUACAUUUAUAAUUUUUGAAAAAAAUAAAUGUUUCAACUUUUAUAUAAUUAACGCUGUAUAAUGGUAAUAAAAUGUUUAAUGUGUGAUUAUAAUGCACAUAAAGUUCAAAACAAUUUCGUUUGUUACAUUUUUUUUCAGUCUCCCCCCAAAAAAAAAAAAAAUUCUAGACUGCCCUGAACCACCAAGCUAGAUAUGCUUGGUGAUUAGCGCUUUUCGACAAUAUCAUGUUAAAUAAUCGGACGCGAUAAACGUCACGCACUCGGCCUCUAAUAUCCGGGUCUUGUGAAAUGCGCGCAUAAGUGUUCGGUCAGGUAUUGACGUCCGUGUUAUAAUAAUAUUCCGAAUAUUCAAAUAUACAAAUAGCCGUUCGCAUUGCGGCGCAGUAAAUUACCUAUUGUUAUGCUGCUGUAAAUCCCAUACUUUAUGCUAUACAAUAUGAUAUACGAUCAGAGUGUGAGACGACCCCCGUAACAAUACUUUGAUUUGGGCAGCAUUUUACUUUGUUUUUCAAUGUGGCUGGGACCGCAUUCGAAUAAGUCACGGGCCGCAUUUUCGACAUGUUUGCCUUAGUCCCCGGUAAUAAUUAAUUAUGAGAAUAUCUGUUGCGGCAGUCAAUAAGUGUGUUAUUUUCCGAUCAAACAAGAAUGCCCCGAAUGGUGUGAGAUGCAUACCCCCCCCCCCGGUCAAAGAUGAAAGUCCGGUCAUUUAGGUGCAAUUAGGUUUUUGCACAUCAAUAGUUGGUAUAACUUCGGACUUUGUCCCUUUUAUAUUUCGACGAGUACCUUUGCGACAAAUGUUUAUCAUAAAAUGGUCGGUAAUUGGGCACAAUUUUAUCUAAUUGCUUCAUAUACAAUAUUUGCUAACAUUUUAUUACCUGGAUAUUAGGCACACGUGUUUAACGUAUAGCAUACGAAUAUAAUAUUAUAACAUUUAUUAAUUACAGUAUACAAUUAAACCUAAUAAUUUUAAUUUAUCUUAAUACAAAUUGAUCAAAUGAUUAUUCAUUUUUUUUUUUUUUUUGAACCAUGGAGUCAUACAAUGUGUUAUAAAAAUAAAUAAAUAAAAAUAAAUAAAUUGAAACUAUGUACAAUGUAUAUAACAAUACAGUUAUUUGUAACGCUCGUUAGAUUCAACAAAUUCAAAUCCCGUUUUUUUCUCUUUAACGUGUUUUUCUAAUUUCAUUAAAAAUUGUAUCCAAAUCGAAUAUUUUUUCAUUUCCUGUAAUUUUAUGUAUCUAUAAGAAUCUAAUUAUAAUAUUAUAACCUUCUGCUUGUACUCACGGUCUACCGAUAAACGGUUUAAAAAGUUAUGAAUAUUAGGAUCGGAUAUAUAGUUAUCAUUAUAUGAAUUACAACAAAAAACAAAAUUAACAAUAAUGAAACUGUUAAUUCUUUAAACUUGCUCAUUCUUUCUACUUUUUUCCGGUAUUGCCUGAUUAUUAAGAAUACUAAACGGAAAAUAAAAACCGACUUUUAUAUUCACGAACUAAUUUCAAAUUUAAUAAAAAAAAAGUAUUUAUUAAUUUUUAUCGGAGCAAGAUUACUGAUAGAAAAUUUCAUCACAUACAGAAAAAAAAGUUAAUACACAUCGUAGUAAAACCAUUAUAUCCGAGUGAGCAAUGUAUAACAUUAAAAUUCAAAAACUGACUAGUAUAAUAUAUUAAUAUUUACAUACGAAAAUUGUAUUUAAAAAUCGUCGAUAUAACCUUGUGGCAACUACGUGGGCGGCGUCUCAAUUUUGAGGGGGUAAUACGAAACGGCAAGAAAAUUGUUAGUGUAACAUUAUAAUCCACAUAACUAGUCAAACUGGCUCUGCUGAGUCAAGUGUGACCGACGCCGACCUGUGGUCUCUAACAAUUUAAUAUUCACUCACCUAUUUCAAUUCAGCAUUGCAGUGUGUCGACACAACACGAAUAACUCAUCCAGUAUUAGUUUUUCGUUUAGACAAUCGAAAGAAUCGUUAAACAUUUUUCGCGAGUAUCGCGGUUCACGACAACGCGUGUUCGUUAUUUAUUAUUAAAGCAGAAAAGUUUUGUGUUUACACUAGACCUAUUUACAUCGUCGAAAUUGCGCAUUUGUGUAAACAUACAAUUUUAAAACAAACUAAAUAACGUUGGUUUUAUUCAUUUUUAUAUUUAUACUAGUGAUAAAAAAAAUAAAAAAAAAAUGUUCGAAUUAAACGCGUACCAUUUUUUACUGGUCCCAUCAGCGCUCUCGUUAUUGUUAUUCGUCUAUAUGCGGCUGCAGAAUUAUCUGGAAUACCGGAAGAUUUCGCCGUCCGUGCCAUGCAUCACGAAAUCCCUUUGGAGCGAAUUGAAAUUUUCACUGCACUUCGGAAUGAAACAGCCGAGAGGUAUAAAAUAGUAAUAUUAUACUAUCACUAAUAGUAGUAAUAGUAUAUAAAAGUUACAGACAUGGAUAGUAUUCUGAAUUUACAAUCCUGUAUACCAUAUUCAAAAUACUUUUUUCGGAAUUAUUAAAUACUCUAUUCCAAAGAGUGUUAAAAAGUAUUUUUUUCAUUGAACAAAAAUGUUCAAGUGUUAAAAUACAACGUGUUACAGGGGGUAAUAACCGGCCAGCGUCAUAUGAAAGUACUCCAAAAAUGAUGGAGAAACCCCCUUUAAAGUGGGGGGUCUAACAUUUUUAUUUUUAAGUUAUGGGCUCUUUAGUCUUUUUUUUAAUAAAACCGUACCUACCAUACAUUUAGGUUGUGUGUCUUCAAAACUUUUCAACUGAUGAACCUAAUUUUUUUUAUUUUAUAGCUAUUCUGUUAUGCUAUCAACCAACAUACAUAAUUAAACCAGAAAUGAACAAAUUAUUUUUGUUAAUUUAAAAAUUUUCUGUCAAAAAUUUGUAUUUUUAAAAAUAAAUCACGUAUAACUCUAAAUGCUUUCAUAUUUACUACGAUUUUUUUACGACCAUGAACGAAAUAUGCCUAUAACUUUUUACGGCCUUUUUUUUCCUGUGAACAACUUUUCUACCAGCAAUUUCGCUCCGAUUUAUAAUAAUAGAAUUUUUUCUGUUAAGAAAAAUCUAGUUAUUUUUUGAUUUUUCGUGGAGUUUUCCCAAUAAAUGGGAAAAACGUAGGAAAAACGGAAAAUAGGUACAAUGUUAAACAAAUAUUAAAUAAUAAAAAAAUGAAGUAAGAACAAAAUUAUUAGAAAACUCGUAAAUAAAUAUAUAAAUAAAAAAAAAUGUAUAUAAAAAUAAAAUUAAUUAAUUAAUGUAUGCGUUGCCUGGAGUAUUAUGGUAAGUAUUAUUAUACAACCAGUAUUGAAUUAAAAAUUCAUCAUCAGGUAUACCACAGUCAAAAUGUAAAAUGCGAAUGUAUAUAAAAAAAUUAAAUGAAGGAAUACAUAGAAAAAAAAUUUACAAAUUGGUUGUUUUACAUAGAAUGUAGAAAUAAUUAUAUGUUUAGUAAUUUAAAUUAUUUGGUUAUUAUUUAUUAUCUAAAAUAUAUUGAUAUAAGAUAUUAUUUUUAAAACCGAUUUGAACAUUUAAAAUAUCAUUUAAAUUAUUUUCCUUUAUUUCAUUAAGAAAAUAUUAGUAAAGAACACGUUUAAUGCAUAUAUAAUUAGUUUACCAUAAUAUAUAUAUAUUGUUGACAAAGCAACACUAUUAACCGAACACCGCUCAUAAUUGUUUUUCGUUAGAAAUGGUUAAUUAUUGCGUACAAAUAUAUAUUAAAUUUCUCCUCUACUAUCUUCCCAUUUUCUUACUUAUAACAGUGGUUGCACUCGUCCCCAUUAUCCUAGGUCAGCUUUUAUAACACGUUUUCAUAAAAUAGUCCGAAUACUUUUCACAAAGUAUUUGUAAUAUUUUAAUAAUACUAUUUUUGUAAAGUAUUCGAAUACGAAUUCUGAAUAACUUUUUUAUGUAGAUAUUCCAAUAAUUAUUUUAAUUGCUUUUAAAAAAUAUUCUAUCCAAGUCUGAAUAUUUGUUUGUAUUUACGUACAAUGUAUAACCGUGUCGCCGAAAAUAUUACGAUUCAAAAUUAUAAUAUACGAAACUAUAUUGCUUCGCGAAUAUAAGACAGUUGUUAGGUUCCAAUGAAAAAGGGUUUAAGUCAAUUUUUUUAUAGUUUUCAAUUGUUGUCAGCUUUUUUUUUAUGUUCAGAAAAACUUUUGUAAAUCUAGAAAAAUUUUUCAAACAAAUAUAAUUAUACUACCGGCCGGAAAAUCCACAUCAUUUUAUGUAUCAUAACUAUUUGUUUACUAUAAAUAAAUUCAAAUACUUGAAAUGAUAUUCGUGAAUUUGUCGACAAUGUCCAUGUAUCCAAAAUUUCGAAGUUAAUAUGAAUAUUAAAUGCACAAUCUGUAGAUUGUUGUAUCGUCGCUUAAACGAAAUUAUUAACUACGCAGCCCAAAAACUAAAACACUUUUUCCUCAUGGUUAUUAAUAAAGAAGUACCUAUGUCUGUUUUAAAAAAUUAAAAAAAAAAUACAUUAUAAAUACAGUGUUUAACGUUGAUAUUAUAUCAACGUUAUAUAACGUCAAUAUUGCAUUGCAAUAUCUUGAAAAGCAUUUACUUUUUUACAUUUUUUCUUUUUGAAAAAAGUAACUAUAAAAUGUUCGUUAUUUUUUGUCACUUUUUAUUUUUUUUUUGGCGGGGGGGACUACCUACUUUUGAUUUUAAAAUAGUAACCUAAAUUAAAAAGUCCAUACAUAGAUGGGAUAUUACUUUAAAAUGUUUAAAUACAUUUUAGUGUUGUACUUGUUGUUUCCCAACAACCCAGAUAUAUUAAUUCUAUGUUUGGGUAGAGGAGAAAAUUAAAAGUAGCUACCUAGUCGUUUUACUCUCCAAAAUAAGGGUGACAAAAAAUAACAAUUACGUUACAUUUUAGAGCUGUUUGUUUCUUAAAUUGUCAAAAAACGAAAUUCUAAAAAAAGUAAUACUUUCUGAGAUAUCGCAAUAUAAAAAUAUUCGUGGGAUACCCUGUUUACCAGGGUAUCCCUAAAAUAAAAUUAACCGGUCGUGUUAUUAUAGAAAAAUCCAUUAAAUCGUUAGUGUAAAUAUUGUUUUUUAUUGAUUCAGAAAUAUUACCGUUUUACUGGGAACUGAUAAAGAAGCACGGUCCGAUUUUUCAUUUCAAGCUCGCGGGGCGAUCGUACGUUUUGCUUAAUGAAGCCGAUGAUUUGAAAGUAAGUCAACUUAUUAAGAAAUACCGUAGUAUUAAGUUAAAGUAAUUAAAAAUACAGUAUACUUAAGUCGGCUCAUAAUGUCAAAGAGAACUUUGAAUUUGUUAUGCCGUGGUAAAAAUGAGUAAAAUAGCUAUUUAUUAUAAUAUUAUUGAUAUAUGUCUUUGUUUUCAUAAAUAAGUUUACUUUUUAAUUUGAAUAUCGUUUACAAAAAAAAAAAAAAUGGUGCUAUCAAAAAAUGUAGUAACGGUAGUAUCGAAUGAGAUCAUAAUAUGCCAUAAUUUGCAACUUAAUCAUUAAAUUUGCAGUCCAUCAUGAUCACUAUUGCUGGCGACAUUACCGUAAAAACAAUUUUAACCUAUUUCACGGUUUGUUGGAAGACAUUCAGAACACGAAUCAACAAUAAAAUAAAACACUAUUUUCUUAUCGUUAAUCAAUCGAAUAAAAUUACAUUAAUAUGAAAAAUCGAAAUAAAAGAUUUAUAUAGAGCGCAUACUGAAUUAGCACCAAACAUAAAUAUGUUAUGUACACAUAAUAUACACGUAGCCGGAUUUACCUACCCUAGCUAAUAAAAAAUAAACCCCUAUUUUUUAGAACGUAAACCUCCCACUCCCCUUUUUUAUUUAUCAAUUUUGUAUGUCUACAUAAGGGUAAUCCGAGAAAAACCCCGAAACAACUAUACUAUUAAUAAUAAUAAUAUUUAAAAAAGUUUACAAACAUACUUACUUCAAUUUUAUUUAUAUGUAUAAAUUAUCGUCAAAUAAUUGAACGGUGUUAUCCAGAAGGCAAUCAUUCCUCAAAAUUUUAAAACCGAGAUUUUACUUUAACCGGGUAGACAAUUUCAGAUUAAGCAUUUAGCUAAAAACAACCAUUAUAUUUUUUUUAAAUUAUUUAUUAUUAUUUUUGACAGCUGUGUGUGCAAUAUACACUCCUCAAACCAUUGGUGAUUAUACUAUAUUCCAUUUUUGUUUUAUAGAGAGGCACAUAUAAUUUUGACAAUAUAGUUGCUUCGGGUAUUUAUUUACAGGGAUUUUUUUUCCGGGAUUCUAUAUAAGAAUGUAAAUAGAUUAAUUUAAAAGUAUUUCAAAUUCAAUGUAUAACGAGAUAUACAUAUAAAUCCAAAAAUUGGGAUCUACGUAUACCCUUCAAUAUACCACUGCUCACAACUAUUUUUUUUUGUUCAUAGUAGGAGUAAAACCUAGGACUUUUAACGCUUUAUGUACAGUUAUAUUGAUUUGGUAUUCAAAAAAAAAAAAAAAUUACGAAGCAUGGACGAAUAUUAAAUUACCUGGAAAUACAUAUAGAUUAUAGUUUAUAUAAUAAUAAUAAUAUAAAUAUAGAUAAAAGGAAAUUAGUACAAUGAACAUAUUAUACAAAAAAAAAAAUAUUUUUCAGUGACGUAUUCAUAGAUUUUUAAUGGGGAAGGGGCAAACUAGAAAAACUUGAAGAAAAAAAACACAUAAUUAUUAAUUAUAUAGAAGGUACAAUAAUUAUUUGUACUAGUUGAAUAAGUAGGUGGUACAAAUGUGAAGUAAUUAUAAUUUUACUAAUGAUAAUUGUCCGAUGCUGAAUAGUUUAUAUUAUUCGUUUUUUGUAUUUAUUGUGGUUAAUAGGAUGGGAGAGGGUAAAGCUUUUUUAGCUCUUCCUCUUCUUACUAUGUUUUCUUCUCACCUACCAUUAUCAGUCAUCUACCAGUUAUACACCGUGGUAUAUAAUAAUUAUAUUUAGGGGUGUAGGGUGAAAGUAGUCAAAAAGCGAGAGUAGGGGUAUUGGUUAAAGUGAUGUUAUAUGCAAUACUGAUAAGAGGUUAUAUGCGAUGUGUAAACUUUAAGAGAAAAUGCAUAAUGAAAACGCGAAAAGUGUAGAUAAAUCUGUAUUUCUUAUCGCUUAUCUAUUAUUAUUAUUUUUUGAAAAUCAAAUUUUUUUUGGAAAAAUUUAAAUUUAGCAUACUUACUUUACAGUUUACAUAAAAAAGAAAAAAUAAUAAAUAUCUUGUCUAUAACACCAUAAUGCUACAAAGGGUAAUCUGCUAUAUCUUAUCUAUAUCUUUUUUUAAAAUCGUAUUUCAAUAUUUCGUUAUGAAUAUUUAAUGUAGCUACGAAUCAAAAUGUAGGUUAAAACGUUUGGUUUCAUUGAUACGCUCGUAUUUAACAAAGUUUUGAGAUUUAGAUCCAAAACUUUGCAGCUUUUGAAUUUAACAAUGGCAAUAUUAAAUAUUUCAAUGACCAUUAUAACCAGUUAUAUGAGAUGUGAUGGGGAUACAACUAAUUUUAUGUGUUAAGUUUUCCCUAUUUGUGCAAUUGUUGAUUAAUCACUUUUUCUCAUAGGUUUUUAUGAACAAGUUAACCACAUUUGUUUUUUCUCAUUUUUAAUGUCAAUUAAUGUGGAUUAUUAUAAUGUACAAUAUUGUACAGUAAAUAAUACAAAUUGUAAAAUGUACUUAUUCUUUUUCACCCGAGCACAUAUUAACAUACUGCACCCGGUUUCAGAUCCUAUCGAAUGUUAUGCAUCACCCGAUAUGAAAAAAUUAAGAUUUUAAAUUAUUUUAAAUGAAAAUAACCCUCGAUUUUUUACGCAAAACCAUGUUGGGUACGUAACAGGGAAAAAUUUGAGUUGAGCCUCGAAGCAAAAUCAAAAUGUUUAAAUCAUAUACGGAGAUUGGACGCGUGUUUUUUUAUAAAAAAAAAAAGGGCAAAAAUGUAUUGCGCAAUUGACACUACAGAAACCGACACCGAAAUUUUUAUGAUUAACAUGUUACUCAAUGCGUCCUGAAUUUUUUAAAUUUUACUAUGUAAACAUUUGAGUUAUAGCAUAACUUUUCAUAUUGGGUUAAGUAUAAUAUUCGAUCGGGUCUGAAACCAAAUGAAGCAUGUUAAAAUGCCACCUGGGCACCGUCUCUGUAAUGGUCUUCAUAUUAUUAUUGUAAAUUAAAUGUUAAUAUUAUUGAACAGUGUUUUUUAUCCAGUCCAAAGUACAUUACCAAAGGACCUGAGUACAAUCUACUAAAACCUUGGUUGAAUAACGGUCUACUAUUAAGUUCGGGUAAAUGUUUAUUUAAAUUAAAAUGGCACCUAGGUAUCUAAUUUAAAUUCGAGUACCUAUUUAAACAAUGAUAGACGAAUUAUGUAAUGUUUUAAAUACUUAGGUACAAAAUGGCAAAAUCGACGAAAAUUACUGACAAAGGCUUUUCAUUUAAAUACUUUAAACAUGUACAAUCAGUCGACGAACAAACAUUCUCGAGUGUUGGCGAAUAAACUGUUGGAUGCCGCGGCCGACGACAAGGAAAUCGUUAUCGACGAAUACAUUACGUUGUGUUCUCUGGACAUGAUGUGUGGUAAACUAGCGAUAUUCAUUGAUAUUGGAAUAGUAUAUAAAUUUAAUAUGUACUUAGUGACGAUGUAGCGUAGUUACGAUUCUAGAGGGGGGGGGGUAAAGUGGUGGCUAGACAAAUUUUAAAAAUCAGAGGAAAUUUAAUCAUCGACUACUGCAUAAUGUUUGCAAUAAUAGAUUUUUGUUUGUGUUUAAGAAACAAUUAUGGGCAGUGAAAUGAACGCACAGAAAGGCGAUUCGUGUCAAUACGUCCAAAGUAUUAAACAGUAAGUUUAUAAACGUUAUAGUACAUUAUUUUGAUUAUACAAUUCAUACCUAUAAAGUGUUCUGAAAUAGAUACCACGGUAAUAUUAUUUUGUCUACUAGAAAAAUGUUUUUAUCUUACAAUGUGCAAUGCCUAAUUAUAUGUUUUAGAUAGUUAUGUGUUUUACGAUUAUUUUUUUUUUUAAUAUCAUUAUAGUGUUCGGAAAAUUUGAGUACCUAUCAUUUAUCAAAUAAUAUAAAUCCCAUAUGUAGAUUUUUUUUUAAUUCAUACUUCGUGAACAAUAUGUUUUUAUUAUUUAACGUCCAGCGAAUAUUUUUCGUUUGAUUAUAAAACAAAUUAACUAAACUAUAAUUAGAAAACCCACAGUAUCAACACGUGCUAAAGGAUGGCAUAAAGUUACCUAUAUUAUAACACGCCAUAUGAAAAAUAAUAUUAUAAAUAAUAAUAGAUCAUUAACAUGAUGUUCACACUGUUUUUUUAAUGAUUGUUUAUUAUUCAUAAAAUCUGAAUUAUUCAAGAAUUACGUCAUUCCGUAGAUAGUGUGUUUAAAAUAUUAUGUCACGAGUUAUACUAUAACAUCAAAUACAUCCGUAAAUGCAAAACAACAAUUUUAAAUUAACAAUAACAAUGAAUCGUAUUAUAAAGUUUUGUACUCAUAACCGAAUAUCUAUAGUAAACAGGAGGUCGGGAGAAUGUUAAAAUAUCAAAAUAUUUGGUAAAACAAUUUUUUUUUUUUUUUAAAAAAAAUUAUAAUUAAAGAAUUAUUAAAAACACACAUUUUAUCAGAUACAUUCAAAUGCAUGGAAUAUUAAACGCGUACAAAGGGAGAGAGCGACCGCCUUACACCUUGUAGAAAAUCGGAAACGUACAAUAUUUGUGACACAGUUUAUAAUAUAUAAUUGUAAUAUUAGUAAAGAAUUAAAAUAACACAAAUGUUUUGAAAAUAUUUUAAUAAUCAUAUGAAUAACCGCAAAUUGCGGUAUUUACUACACAGAGCGGUCAACUUAUGAUGAACCAAUGAAUUUCUUGAAAGAUUUAAAGUGAAUUUGAUUUCUGUUUUUUUUUUUUUAAUAUCAAAAUCAUUUAAGUUUUAUUUUAGCAAUUUUUUCAAUUUUUACCUCUAUUUCGUAUACCUGAAAUAUGUAUACACAUUGAUUUUAAAAUAACCCCUUCCUUUUUGAACACAGAUUAAAAACAGGAUAUUUUUUACACAUUUGUAUAAACAUAAUAGUAAUAUCAGAUUUUACCGUUUGUAAAAAAAAAAAAAUAAGGUUAUUUGAUGAAAAUUAAAUUCACAUAAAAUCAUUCGAGAAAAUCGUUGGUUCAUAAGUUAAACAUCAUGUAUAAAGCAAUGUAUGUUUUGAAGUGCUUGCAGAUCGGUGGUCGAACGAGUAUUUAAAUUUUGGCUGUGGAAUGAUCUGUUAUUUAAAAUAAGCCCGAGCGGUCGAAUAUUUUUCAAAUCAGUCAGAGUACUACACGAAUUCACCGAUAAUGUUUGUAUAUAACAUACCUAAUUUAAAAAUAUUAUACUGAAAUAAUAUAAUGCAUUUACAAAAUUAUGAUUGUGACAUCAGCAACGUAAACAAAUACGUAUGUCUAAAUUUUUUUAACUUUUUUUUCUAAUUGUAUAUAUAAAUUUUAGUCCGAUUACCAAUAAUGUAGUGGAAGUUACACAAGCGGACAAUCCAUAAUAUAAACCUGGAAAGUAAAUUAUUUUGGACAGUAAAAAUCUAGAUGGCAUAAGCACGGUAUUAAAAAACUUCAAAUCUGGAAGGUACAAAUCUGAAUCGUGCAUAUCUGGACUGCAUAAAUCUGCCAUUUAGACAAUAUAAAUUAAAGUUUCCCUCAUAAGUCAUUCGUUGUCAAAGACAUAGAUAGACAAAACGCAAAACGUGCAAACUAAUUUUUUAAACACUAAACUCAUACUCAAUAGUGAAACAUUUUACUAAUAUUGGAGCCCAUGGACAAUUUUAGGGGCCUCAUACAUAAAAUACAAAAUCCUUACAAGCAUAAUCGAAAUCUUUUGAUUAUAAUUAAAUUUGAAUAUAUUUUAGAUUCGGAGCGCAGAGAUCUAUUGGUUUUAUUAUGUGUAUUUUUGUAUCAUACAACUUUUUUUGUUGAAUUUCGGACCUUAUUAGUGAGUAUGAAUUUUCUGAUUUCUUCUGUAGAUUUUUUAAUAAAUUAAUUUAGGAAAACCGAAAAAAAAAACGUAAAAAAGAAUGAGAAAACUUACGAAAAUAGUAAUUUUAUUUGUUUUUAGUUUUGUUUAUUCAUAAUAAUUUAGUUACAAAUAUCUGUAAACUUGAAAUUUUUAAAUAAAACUUAUAUUGGCCUUUUCUAAAUACGUUAAAACAUUUGAGCCAUUUAAACUAUUUAUAGACAUUUUAAUUUUGAGAGUUUUUAUGUAAUUUUUUUUUUUUGUAAGUACUCUGUUGUUAAAAUCAUUAUGCCAAACAAAAAUGAUUGAAAAUUUAGACAAGAGUUAUUUAAACAAUAAGUCGUACUUAGUAGUCUAAAAUAAAAAAUUGAGUUUGAUAUAACUUUUUUUUUUUAUGAGAAUUUUAAUAUCAAAUUUUAACAAAGAUCGUAAAUAUUAUAGCCUUUUCAAAAUUUGUGCACACAAACUUCGCUUCAAAUCGUUUUUCGUUUCUUACAGAUAUAUAAAUUAAGAAAAUGUAUGUAUCCUACCUUUCUAACUUUUUACUUACAACAUCGCUACACCUGUCUCUAGGAUCAGUUUUUUUUUAAAUUCAGUUAAAAAUAUUCGUCUUAAACUCUCACUUCAUCCAAUCCCCAAAUUCGUGAUCGCAUAUACCCACCGUCUUUAUUAUACUCAAUCGGCGUUCAACUACCUUGCUUUUCAGUAUUCCCCCCCCCUUCCGCUCUUUCUUCUUACACUGAUCCAAUGUCAGUAAGAUGUUAAUUGCAAGUAAUAUAACGUAAAUCACAUACAUAUAAUAUCAUAAUUUCAAUUUAGUAAUUUCUAUGAUUUUUUAUUGAUGAAAUUGAUUCGGCUAAUUUAUUAUUUGUAUUAUGAAGAUUCAUAUUACGUUGUUGUAAAAGUAUUGAAACCUCGUGCAAUGGUCGGAAUACUCUUUCCCGCAAAUAAAGCAUUAACAUAAAUUGAAAAGAAUCUGUUGUUUGGGUUUUUUGUUUAAUGAAUUUGCCAUAUUUCUUAUCCUCGAGCUAUUAUCACAUUAUCAGUUGAUCUUAACAAUGUUGAAUACUUUAACCGUGGUUAUAAAACACUAAAGAACAAUUACCAAUAUCAAUGUUACGCUACAUAUCCUGCUCGCGCGUCCGGUAAUUGCAGCACUGUCAUCGCAGAAAACUUAACAAAUAAAAAUUAUGUAAGAAACUCGCAAAAUGAAAUUGUCUAUGAAUAGCUCAAAUGUUCUGAACAUUUUAGCACGUCAAAUAAUAGAAAAAUAAAAUAAAUUAUCAAAUUAAAAUAUACAUAUAUUUAAAUAAGAUAAAUUAUUUUCGUAUAUUUUCUACUUAUUUUUCGGUUUUACUCAAUUAUCAAAAAUACUACAAAUAAAAUCUAUAGACGACUAUCUUGGUCUUCAACUAAACUAAAAAUUCAACAAAAAAAAGGUGUAUUGUUGUUUUCCUAUUGGAACAAUAUUUUGGGUAGAAAACAUAAGCCAUAAAAAAUUAAAGUAAAGGAAUCCUAUGCCGUAAAUUUAUCAGUUUUCAUUUUUUGGCUUUUUCUGUUUUUCAUAAUUAUUAUCAAAAUUUCUUCGUAAGCAUUAAGAAUUUAGACCUAUAAUUUAACAAAAAAAAGUUUCUUGUCAUUUUUUGAUGAAAGUAGCUUGUUUAGUAAAAAAAUUUUGUUCCAAAAAUUAAAAAAAAUUAUAUCGGUAACACAAUAUGGCGCACUAUAAAUAUUUGCAUUUUAUUAAAAAUUUCCUUUCCGGGUUUACCCAUUUUUUUUUUUUUAAAUCAAAAAUGGUCUCUGUGAUGUAUUAACUUAACAAAAUUAACUUAUAUUCAAGCUAAAGUCUAUAUAUCGGAUCAAAAUUUCUGGAUGAAAAAUUAUUUACAAAUAGAGAAAAACACACAUCAUAGUAAAAUCAAUAGAUCUCUUGUUAUACUUUGAAUUUUUUUUUUUUAUUAUUUAAAUCACAACAAUUAACCAAAGCAAAUUAUAAAAGUUAUUCAUUAUUAAAAGAGGAAUCCUAAAAUAUAAAAUAUAUUUUAUUUCAAUGUGUAUACAACUAAAAGACAAUUAUAGAAACCGUUUCUGCUGCUAAUGUUAAAAUGUAUAAUAUAUGUUUAAAUGACAUUUGAUGUUUAUAAAACCGUAAUAAAUUUGAAAGUUACUAAUUUCCCCCUCUCCCCCCCCCAAAAAAAAAACACUAGCUUUUGUCGUUAUUUAGGUGAUUAAAAAUAAGAAAAUGGAAAUAAACACCUCAAAACAUCAAAAAAAGCAACACGAAAUUAUAGGUAAACGAAAUAUGCCAAUUCAUAUUUAUAGUGAUUUAGUCAUUUUUAACUCAACUAAAUUGUCCACUACCAUAUUUUAAUUUUUCUGUGUCUUAGAAAAACGUCAAAAGAAGUCAUUCUUAGAUUUACUCCUUGACGUUUUGGAAGAGCAUCCGGAUGAGAUGACAGACAAAGACAUCCGCGAAGAAGUAGAUACGUUUCUAUUCGAAGGACACGACACAUCGUCCUCGUCAAUGACGAUGACCUUGAUAUUGCUGGGCAUACAUCAGGAUGUUCAAGUAUGUAAAUUCAAAAAAUUGGAUAUUCUAUACAAGCGAAGUUCUUAAAUUUUUAAUUAUAGAACAAAGCGAGAGAUGAGCUUUUUGAGAUUUUCGGAGACUCGGAUAGAGAUGCAACAAUCGAAGACUUGACUGCCAUGAAAUACUUGGACGCAGUGAUAAAAGAAUCUCUUCGAUUAUAUCCAAGUGUACCGGCUAUUUCGAGAGAAUUACAAACAACAUUAGAGCUCAGUAAGUUUGUAUGCAAACGUAUUAUUUAUAACAUAUAGCUCAUGAAUGGUCGAUUGGUAAUAGCCGGUACUCCGUCGGGUGUCGACCGGUAGUGAUCCGCAAAAACUGGUGGCGGCGUCGGCGAGACUUGCCCUUUUAUACGGUGUGUCCGGCCGUUCGCCGUUUUAAUCUGCCGUUUGUGUGUAUGUGUCGCGGCGGCACACACACACACUACAAUAGUAGUCAUUUUUGAUACUUUCGAUUAUGGUCUGCAGAUUUCGAUAACUUGCUCCGAUAAUCAUUUUUGUGAAAACAUUAUCAUAAACCAUUAUCAUUGAAUAUAUAAUAUAAUAAUCAAUGGUAUUGAAAUAUAGUGUAGGUACCCAUUAUACGGUACUAUAUGAUAUUAUGUAGUACUAACCAAUAAUAUUAUUUUUUGAUUCCGAGCAUAGCGAGGGAGCUAUUGGUUUUACUAAGGCGAUUAUUUUUAUUUAUUUUUUUUUUUUCUUUGUUCUAGUCUGUGAACACGUUUUCACUUAGUAAACUUGCUCCGAUUUUUACGUGUAGCACCUUUUCUGAAAGUUCAAGUUGUCUAGUUUAUACUUUAAAUUUUUUGAUUUUCGACGCCAUUUUUAAAUAAAAGCACUUAGUGGGAAAAAACGUAGGAAAACGUAGAAUUUCAAGAUUUCAUUAUUUUAUAAAAACACGGAUGACGUUUUCUACCAGAAAAAACACAAUACACCUUAUUGUUGCCGUUUUGACUUACUUUCUUACGGUAUCAUUUCCAAAACUUUUAAGCCAACUUUUAAGGAAUUUUAAUUUUUGAGAGUUUUUUUGUUGUAAUUUGGUUAUAAAUACACGUAGAGGCUUGAAACUUGGUGAUAAUAUUUAUAUAUAUUAUAUUAAUAAUAUAUUAAUUAUUUAAUUAAUUAUAUUAUAUUUAUUAUAUUUAUUUAUAUAUUAUAUUUAAUUAUAUUUAUUAUAAUAUAUUAAUAAUUUAUAUAUAUUAUAAUAUUUAUUUAUAUAUUUAUUUAUAUUUAUAUUAGACUUACCUGAACGUGGUGAAAUUUCAAAAUCAUCUGACGAUUUUUUUAUUUUUUAAGAAGCAUUUUGAAAUCAAAUUUAAACGAAACCCGCAAAAAAAUUACGGCACUUCAAAUUAUGAAUUACUUAAUUGCGCUUGAAAUUGUCUUUCGUCAAGUAAUGGUUUAUCGUUGCUUACAGAUAUAAAUGGAAAAAACCUUAUCUAUCCUACCUUCUCAACUUCUCACCUACACAAAUAACCGCUCUCAUUCUCAGUAUCAAUUCUUUUUUAUAUAUUGUAAUAUUUAAAAUGAAUAUACUGCUUUUUUUUCCAUAUGCUUUUUUUCACUUGAUAUUUUUACUUGUUUUUUUUCCAAAUCCCAUUUGUAUUAGCUGGCCAGUAGUGUACUGAUGAAAUAUACUGUCAGGUUUAUUUAUUUCUUCUUUUUUUCGUGCAUAAAUCACCGCGAUUUGUAUCGUUAUAUUUUUAUCUGUUGGAUCAAAAGGGCCGUAAUUAUUAUAUUUAUUAUAAGUAUUGUACUGCUGUAAGGUUUAUCUAGGUCCCUAUAAUUUAUUAGUCAUAUUCAUUUGUACUGACAAUAAAAUUACUAAUUACCAUAUUAUCGUUUUAGUUAACAUUUAUUUACCAACAUUUGUCUUAAGUACACACCCACAUACAGACACUCAUACACACCCUCUAGUAUACUAGCAUCCACUAGUCUUGAUCAGUGACCUCGUGGACUUUCCGCUGAAUGCUGAUACAGGUACACACACAAAUACAAUAGACCGAGCGGCAGAAAAGCACGCGUUUGUUAGUGACCAAUACGUCGAUUAUUAAAUUGUUGAUCCCCAGGCGGUCAGACCGUUCAAGUGGGCAGCUCCCAUUUAGCCGCCAUACCAUUUUACUGAGUUUAUUUUAUUGCCAUUUUAUUUCGCCAAAUUUAUUUUUUAAGUAACUUAACAUAACAUAAAUUACAAGUUACAAAUUACUAAAGGUAGACAGUUAAUGAAAAUAAUUAACUGUUGCAAGUUAAAUUAAUUCAUUUAAAUUAAUUUCAGUUAAAAGUGUUUACAAAGAAAAUAUUUAACUUGAUGGAAAAUAAAAUUACCUAGGUAUACUUCAGUUAAAAAAAGAUAAUUUUUUUUUCAAACCACAAUUAUUAUAAUAUCAAUGAUAAUAGGUACCUACUACUUAGGUAUAUCACCUAUUAACAAUAUUAUUGUUUCGACAUUUAUUUCAAUAACAUUGUUAUCUAGUGCAAUACGUUCACUGUGUCUAUCUAUUGUUUUAUUAAUCAUAAAUUCACAAUAACUAUGUGUUAACACAAAAUUAAUUUAAGAAUUAUUCGGUGAAAUGGGGUGGCGGCAAAAUGGGAUUAAUUUGGCGGCGAAACGAGAUACGACCGUUCAAAUAUUUCACAUAAUGCGAACGUUUCAUACUUUAAUAAGCUGUAAAAAUUUAACUAUAGAUCUAAAAUAUAAUUUUUAUUUAUUGGACGUGUUUUCGUGUGUUUAUUUAUAGAGAACCAUACAAUUCCAAAGAAUAUCAUAGCAAUAAUUUUGCCUUAUCUCGUGCACCGGAACGAGAGCAUAUACGAAAAUGCCCAAGAAUUUAUUCCUGAAAGAUUUUUGGACGAACAAAAUAAAAACCAAUUCCUGUUCGGAUAUUUACCUUUCAGUGCUGGCCCAAGGAACUGCAUCGGUAAUAUCAUAAUUUAUAUUUAACUUUAAAUAUCUAGCUGCGUUUGUAUGAUUUGAUUUCCGUACAACAUAUCGACAGUGGCGUGGCAAAUGCUUAUUUGAGAGGUAAUUGCAUUUGAGGUUUUUGAAGAUAUGGAGGAAGGUGUCUAAUUUAUGUAUGAAACAAUAAUUGAAUAAUUAUAAAAAUAUUAAUAUAGAUUAUAUUGUUGAUUAUUGAUCAGUUGUUAACUACAAUUAUAAUAAAUAAUAGCAUGUGUUUACUAUCACUUAAGGAUUUAACGAACCAAAGACAAAACAAUUCAUGUUGACACAUAGCAUAUUUCUCAUAAUUUUAUGAGAUACUAUUAUUUUUGGCUGAGAUAGUGGGACGUUAAUAUAUUACACAUUUUCGGAAGUAUAUUCGUGUAUGGAUUCGGAAAGGGAAUAAGUUUCAAGUUUCAAAUUAUUUGCAUUUAAGAUCUUUAAAAAAUUCAAGGAGUGGGAUUUCUCUAUAUUAAAGUGGUACGAAGCAGAAUAUAGUGUUAUAGGUAGGUAGGUGGUCCACCAUAAUAUUUGCCUCUCAAAAUUUUGAGUCCACCACUGAUUUUGGUAACCGUCUUAGCACCUAUAGGAAGCAUUUCCGUUUAUGGUUGAUCCAUAUCAAAAUUGUGCGUGCGGAAAUGACAUUUAUAGUACUUAUUGAUUUUGAAGUAAGAUAUCAUUGGGCUAACACGGAAUUCAAAAACUAUUGUUGUCGAGUUUGAUACCGACGACCACAGAAUAUAUUUUAUUUGUGUUUUUUUUUUCGUAUAUAUUUCUUAAAAUAUACCCUACCAAACAUGAAUUUGCAUAAAAAAUCGAUUAUAUUUUAGAUUAAGUUUUGACAUGAGCUUGCGGAAUUCUGUAGAAUAGAGCCAAUGGAGUUGGCCAAAGGCCUCAAGAUGAAGUACUUUGAGAUUGAUAACAUUGAUAAAAGCAAUAUAAUAUGACACUUCCGCACGCAUGCGAUAAAACAUGGUGCGGUAAAUUUGAAUAGACUAACUAGAAACAACUUGGUGCUGAAAUAGAUCCCUGUAUAUUAAUAUGCUUCCUGACAAACGUACUCGAUUCGUUAUUCGAGAAAUUUUGGAAAUAAUUAUUAUUUUUUUAAGAAAUAAUUAUUAUUGUUUUAGGACAAAAAUACGCCAUGAAUCAGAUGAAAACCGUCAUAUCAACGAUUUUGCGGAGAAUGAGAAUUGAAACUUCAGCGUCCGAAAAAGACUUAGUGCAUAGUUUUCAGUUAAUCCUUAGGUUAGAGUCGUCUGUAAAGCUGAAAUUUCGCAAAAUCUAA